UUACUUUUAUAACAUUAAUUUUAGUACUUUGUUAGAUUCCAGUUGAUAUUAGUUCUUAUCUUAAUAGUUUUCCAAAUUAGUCGCUUUUCUGUGUAAUUUCUUAGAGGUCAACGAUAAUUUUUCUUCUAAGUCUUAAGUGUUUCUAUUUCCUGACUUUUUCUUCUACUACUAUUCGGUAGAUAUGGCAGAAUCUAAGAGUUCCGAUUCCAGUAAAAUGGAAAAAUGUUUCGAGAAUUACAUUUUGAUCGACGUCGGAGCGAAUCUGACGAACCGAAAAUUCAGUCGAAAUUUAGAAUCCGUCGUCUCGAGGGCUAAAGAUGCAGGAGUACAGAAAAUAGUUGUAUCAACGUCUUCUUUAAAAGGGAGUAAAGAGGCGUUAAGACUCAGUAGGAUAUACCCUGGGACUCUGUACGCAACUGCUGGAGUUCAUCCACAUGAGGCUAAAACGUGGGCAGACGACACCUAUGAAGAAUUAAAAGAAAUCGCAAUGAAUUGUGAAUGUGUGGCAAUCGGUGAAUGUGGAUUGGAUUAUAAUAAGAAUUUUAGUCCACCAGAAGUACAGCGACAAGUUUUUGAACAACAGGUAAAACUAGCAUGCCAAUUACGAAAGCCACUUUGCAUUCAUGAACGAGAUGCUCAUGAUGACGUGAUAUCAAUCCUCGAAGAGCAUAAAUCCUCUUUGCCCCCUAUAGUUUUAUAUUCGUAUACAGGUUCACUAGUUAAUGCGAAAAAAUAUCUCAAUCUCGGAGUCUAUUUGUGUAUAACAGGUUUUUUGACAAAAGAUAGUUCAGAAGAUGGCGUCCAAUCAUUACUAGAGAAGAAUGCUAUACCUCUAGAACAACUUUUAGUUCAAACAGACUCGCCUUUCAUGUAUCCAAAUGCUAGAGCUGCCAAACUACCAGACCGCGUCAAAUCAGCACUUACAGAGAGGUCAUUGUCAUUUUUACAUCGCUAUUGCACUUUUCAAAGAAAUGAGCCAUGCUCUCUUCCGGCAAUCGUAGAAAUGGUAGCGGCAUUUCUGAACAAAUCGCCUGAGGAUGUUGCACUUUCGACGUCUUUUAACGCUCUCAAACUUUUUGGCCUCAGCUAAGUAAAUUUAUAAUAAGGUAAUGAAACAUCUUUAUAUUAGAAAAUUUUGAUAAUUAGGUGUCAUUAUUAAUUUUAAUGUCAAUACGCUUCUUGAAUUUGAGCACAGGGUUUUUAAAAUUUUUUUUUAAUGGUAUAUGAAACUGAGACAAUAUUUUCUUGUUGCCAAGUAUUUCCCAUUGAAUUAUGUAAGUAUCAAAUCUUUAUUAUUUAUAUGUGUUCUUUGCAUGAAAAGCAAACCCAAGACUGAGAAAAUUUUAGUCUUCUUUUUUUUCAUUGGGGUAAUACUUAUUGAUAGAAUUUUGAUCAUAAUUGAUCAUCUCAAGUUCAUAACUUUAGUGAAGGUGGGAUUUUGUAACAACCAUUUUCAGUUUUAUUCAAGAAUAACUUGAUAUUCUCUGUGCAGUUUUUUGGGUGUCGUGCCUGUAAUUUGGUCAUUACCGAUCAUCUUGGGCUGCCUAUCCUGUAUGCGAUAAUACAUCUGAUAGGCCAAAACAGUGAGGAUAGGCAAACCAAGUUGAUCUUUAAUGACCAAGUUAGAGACAAAUCAUGCUCUAAACAAAACACUAUUUUUUUGUAUGUUUAUAGUUCAUAUUUUCCACAUGAAUCUUGACCUUUUUGACAAUAACUACAUGUUAAUAUCUUUUUUUACAGAUUGUUAAUUUUAUAACGGUUAAUAAACAAUUUAAACAUAAAUAAAUGACAUAGCUUACUUUUAAUUUAAAUUUAUAAUUUGACUAGUUUUCAAUGAACACGGUCACACAGGUUAGAACAGAGAUGAUCAUUUUUGAUCAAAUCACUAUCAACAGUUUAUUAGAGACCACCCAUGAUAAUGUUACAAUCUAUUUUUUUUUAUUUAUAAUUUUUUUGUUCAAUAUUCUAUAGAUCAGUGAAUGCUUGUACUGUUGUAUAUGUAUAUUAUUUUUUAUCUUUACAAAGUAUAUUGUUGAGUUUUUUUGUUAUAUGUCUGUUUAAAAGUUUUAGAAAUUUACCAAUUUGUGUUGUACUCGUAGCUCAAUGGAAGCUGUUUAUUUUGAAUUUAUUUUGCUAGCAUGUCGAGUUUAUUCUUUUGACGAUAAUAAUUUGCCAAAGAUCAAAAAUAAAUAAAUAAAAUCAAUAUUUAUUUACAUAAAGAGCAUAUUUUAUAAAUCUAGGUUUAUUUUGUCUACACUGGGUUGUUUUUGACAUAUUUCGAUUUAAUGUUUUUUGAAUUUAUAAAUUAUUUAAUUAAAAAAGAUUUAUUUGUUAUGCCUACUGGCAACGAAACAAUGUCUUGACUGUUGAGAAUGCAGUAGUAUCGCAUUCGCCUUAUUUGCCUGUUAUCUUCGUUGGAUGAAUUUGUGUUGUGGCAUAUUUUUUCUUUGUUUUGUUCAUUCAGUAAUUUUUUUUUUCUUCAUGACUUGCAUUACAAUUUGCAACCGUUUAUGGUAGUCGAAGCAUUUUCAUUUUUAAAAAAAUUCUUUUUGACCAGUAUCUUGUUUUUGUUGAAAUUUUUUAAAUGUUGUACAUAGAAAUCAUUAAAUAAAUUAUUAACUAAUGAAAUUUAUAAAAUUUAAAUUUUGUGAUUCGACGUAAGGAAUGUGUUUUGGUUUUUAACUUAUUAAUUAAAACAGAAAAUGAGUAAAAUUACGAACAAAUCCGUUAAAAUUAAACAUCGAACAUUAUAAAUAUAUGAAUUACAAAAUGUUUAUUAUUUCAUUGUCUCAAAUCAGGAAAUUAACUUUGAGUAACAAAUGAUUAUUUUCCAUAUUUUUAUAAAUAAAUUAAAUUGUGCUGUGAUAGUUUGUGGACAAUAAGACAGAUACUGAUUGUGCCUUAUAUUGUUUCGAUCUUUUCAACGCAGAAUGUCAAGCACUUUUGUAGCUGAACGAUACUAGUAAUUUAUUAUUCUAGAUGUAGCAUAGAGAAGUUUUAAACCGCAUGGAAAAAAAAUCAGUUUUAUUAUAUUGUUUCUUAAUAUUUGUAAUUUAUUGAAGGCUUUUAAAGUCCAGAGUAUACAAAUAUAUUAUUCGACUUGAAUGUACAAUGGAAUUUAAUAUUAAGGGUCAAGUCAAGAAGUUAGCAACUGCAAUAUCAUAAAAAUAAAUUUAAAUAAUUGCUAAACAUGAGCCGUAUUGUUUUGAUUUGUUUUUCAUUAUAUGCCGAAGAAAUUCUUCAAAUUGCCAAUGUAUAUGAACAAAGGUUUAAUUAAAGAUCAAAUAUAAAAGUAA